CUUGUGUGACAUGUAUAUUUCUAUUUAGUUUUGCAAUCAUUCCUAACAACAUACGUUUUCAAAAUCCUAAAAAUGUGCUACGUAAACCGUGUUUGUCAAUAUUUUGCCAAUCGCUGCCCGAAGAGAUUUGUGCAGAUAGUCCACCCUCUUGCGGCAAUCUUUGUCUUCAGCUGCACUGCGUUCUUCUUCUCCCUGCAGAUGUUUUACAUUGCGCCCAAAGUGUUUGGCGAUUUAACCUACAAGCUCUACUGGAUAUUAUUCACCUUCAUAACGCACAACAUCCUGGGCAACAUGAUGGCCUGCUAUGUGACCAGCUCGUCGGUGAACACAUUGUCCAAGGAUUCCCGAUCCCCAGCUCCAGAGGAGGAGCACCUGUGGCACAAGUGCGAAGUCUGUAAGCAAUUGAGCCCGCCACGAUCGUGGCACUGUGUUCUGUGCAACACCUGCACUUUGAGGCGCGACCACCACUGCAUAUUCGUUGGCAACUGUAUUGGACACAAUAAUCAGCGAUAUUUCUUCUGGUUCACAUUUUAUUCAACGCUCGGCCUACUCAUAAGCUUUGCUACCCUUUGUAUGUAUGUGCUGCAGAAUGGCGGUCACUUCAAGAGGCUCUCGUUUUUGAUUGUGGACUUAAUAAGUCAGAUCUUUUCCCAACAGUAUAGUGGCAAUAAUUUUGAGACCCUAGCCCUCCUCCUUAAUAUAAGCACCAGCUAUAUGCCUGGCUUUAUGUUGGCAUAUCAAAUGCAGAUUUUAAGCCAAAACUCGUCGUACUACAAAAUCUUCGAUUGCACCUACGAUCUGGGUUUCCGUAAGAACUGCCAGUCUAUCAUGGGCCAACGAGGACUCUGGACUUUUGUAUCGCCCUUGUUGAAGAGUCCUUUGCCUCACGACGGUGCACGUUGGCAGAUGAAGAAGUCGCACUAAAUUAACAGAUGCCUCACAAUAAAUUGUAACUUAUUAUUAAAGAUAGGAAACAUUUUCCUAGCUGUGUACAUUUUAA